ACCAGCACCAGCAGCACCAGCACCAGCAGCGCCUUGUAGAUUGUCUCCCAAAGGCAGGACCCUUCUUUGUCUUUCAGUUUCAUGGCGAGCUGGAGGGACGAUGGCCCUUCGGCCUACAUGUUCGAGAUGCAGAAGAGGUUCCGUGACCACAACAAGACCAAAGAGUACCAGGAGCACACUGCCGCAGUGCUCUCAGUGGCCUGGAGCUGUAAUGGGGCCCGCCUGGCAUCGGGCUCCCUCGAUAAGACAGCCGGAGUCUUCCUCCUAAAAGAUAACGGCCUAGUGAAGGAGUCCAGCUACCAAGGGCACACGGACAGCAUCGACCAGCUGUGCUGGCACCCCAGCAACCCCGAUCUCUUCGUCACCGCAUCCGGGGACAGGAGUGUUCGCAUUUGGGAUGUUCGUCACAACAGGUGUGCCAGCAACAUCAAAACCAAAGGUGAGAACAUGAAUAUCUGUUGGAGCCCCGAUGGCCUCACUAUUGCUGUGGGCAAUCGAAAUGAUGUCAUUACGUUCAUCGAUGCCCGCACUCAUCGUGUGAAGGCCGAGGAACACUUUAAGUAUGAGGUUAAUGAGAUCUCCUGGAAUAACGAGAAUAAUCUCUUUUUCCUGACCAAUGGGAACGGCUUCAUCACUAUUCUCAGUUACCCAGAACUAAAGCCGGUGCAGUCGCUUAAUGCCCAUCCCUCUAACUGCAUCUGUAUCAAAUUUGAUCCAACCGGCACAUAUUUUGCCACAGGAAGUGCUGAUUCCCUCGUGAGUCUCUGGGAUCUCAAUGAGAUGGUGUGUGUGAGGUGUCUCUCCAGGCUCGAUUGGCCUGUGAGAACCCUCAGUUUCAGCCACGAUGGGAAGAUGAUUGCGUCUGCGUCUGAGGAUCAUUUCAUCGAUAUUGCCGAGGUGGAGACAGGAAACAAGGUGUGGGAUAUACAGUGUGAGUCCCCAACCUUCACCGUGGCCUGGCACCCCAAAUUUCCACUGCUAGCCUUUGCCUGUGACGACAAAGUCGGUGAGCCUGGGGAAUGCCGGGAAACUGGAAUUGUGAAACUGUUUGGCCUUCCUAAUGACUCCAAAGAUAACUAAAGAGGGGCAAGCAGGAGGAUGUUCGAGUGUUGAUUCAUCUCGACUGUUGAAGAAGUUUCCAAAACCGUUUUCCUUCACUGUAAACGAAUAUUGAGAACACUGCUGUUUUUUUGAGUCCCGGUUUCCUCCUCUAUAAAUUAAGAAAAUUGAACUGGACAGAUAAUUUCUAAAGACCCUUAAAAACACAAAUAGGCAAGAAUUCCAAGGUUAGCAUUUGCUGUUUUACUGACUUUACUUACUUACAAACAUAUUACAAACUGGCAGACCAGUACAAGAGAAGUUCCUUAAAAACUUGUUUUCCAAAAAAAGUUAAAAACAAGUCCUUUUAAUACGUGAGUGCUCUUCAUCUCACUUUAUA